AUGUUGACCUCCCGUCCAAUCUCAAGAAACAACGACCUCACCGGGCAGCGACAAAUACUAGCCAAGACUCCCGGGCGUGUUAUCCAUCAGAACGAAAACGCGAACAGAGGCCCGGCGACUGUUCAUGGAAAAGGCAAGAACACGCUCCUGCAAACGCCAUUCAACGGAGGGAAGUUCAAUAAGGAGGGAACGCAGGGAAAACUGACGACACAUGCACCAUCACGGCCACUUGUUGACAAGACGCCUUUUCCAAAUCGUACCGAUGUACAGUUCCAAACGCCCUACACCUUCAAUUUUGACAAGUUUUCAUCGCCCGACUCCAUUCUUCGACCCAGCUCUCUCAGGCGGCACGUUCGUGUACCCAGGAGUGCCACAAAGAGCUUCGAGACCCCCGUUAACACAGGAAAUCCUUGGCAAUGCGAUGUGAGCAUAGGAUCUCCCGAGCUCGUAGUACAACAGCUGGUAAUGGAGGAUGAUCUGGAUGAGAUUGAGUACAUGCCGCCUAAUACCCUAGACAUGCCCUAUGUCCCGCCUUUUGAAUUUGACUUUCCUGAUUACAAGUCUGUCGGGAAAACUCUUCGUGAGAUUUCUCAUGCGCCGCCCUAUGAAGACGAGCCUCCACCACUGCCAGAGGUAAAGGACGAUGAUUUGGGUAUGACAGCAUGGGAUAGAUUGCUACCUCUUCCAGAGCUUGAAGAUGACAAUUCAAAGAAGAUAAUGCGCAAGCCCAACUCAACGUCUUCACGAACCACGACAACACGAACUAUGGGGAAGACAGCAUCCAUGACCAAAUCAACACCUAAUCCCUCCGUUCGCAACGGGGCAGCAUCAUCUGCUAGAUCUAAGUCGGCUGCUUUCACCAGAAAAGCCACAUCGCGGCCUGGAACGGCGGCUUCUGUUCGUCAACGACCAGUGGCUCCUGCCAAAUCUUCACAGCCAACAACGUCACAGUCUAUUACUACGGCUUCAACGCAGUCAAGAGCAGCUCCAACUCGACCAGCUUGGGGUACACAGUUGCGCGUCGUGCGGAAGCCUAUCGCUCCUCUUGGGCGUACAUCUUCCGCCACGAAUGUCAAGCCGACGGUGAAAAAGCCGGCUGAAGGUCCCCUGGUCAAGGAGUUGGAUCAUGACGUUGAAGAUUUCAUGUUUGCAGUUUAA